ACUGUGUACCACUUGCAUGCCUGGUACCAACAGAGGUCAGAAGAGGGCGCCAGAUUGCCUUGAACUGGAGUUACAGAUGGUGGUGAGCCACCGUGUGUGCUGGGAACUGAAUCUGGGUCCUUUGCAAAAAUCGCAGGUGCUCCACUAAGCCAUCUCUAUAGCUCCAGAUUCUUCUACUCGAGGCAGAUCUAAGGGCAAGGCUGUGGCCAACACUAUGGUGGUUCCACCCAGGCAGACAACUGUGGCAGCAGCUUUGAGGCAGUGAAAUCAGGGCAGGGGCCGUACAGGCUGCAGGAUGAGGGAGUGAGGCAUGGGCAAGCUCCUAACUUGGAGUGGCACCUUCUUGAGCCCCAAAUGGUAUAGUUGUUUUCUUCUCCUCUACCCCUAAAAGCAACACUGCCUCCUGCCUUGCAGGGCUCCUACCUGGGGCUCCAGCCCCUGGGCAGACUCAGCCCAUGGAACUGUCCUGGCUGGCCUUGAACUCAGAAUGCUCCUGUUUCAGCUUCCUGAGUGGCUUUUGGAGGAGCUGGCCUGAUGCGCCAGGCCCAGCUGGAGUCUAUUUGUAUGCAGACUUCUAUACCUCUAAAGAUCCCUUUUCCUCCUUUGCUAAACAUAGUUUCUUGUUACUUCAACUCCGGCUUUAACUUCUUUGUUUGUUUUUGUGGCAGGGUCUCGUGUAGCCCAAGACGGCCUCAGACUUGCUAUGUAGUUGAAGACUACCUUGAACUCCUCCUGAUCCUUCUGCUCUACCUUCUCAGACCUGGAAUCACAGAUGUGGGCCACCACGUCUAGUUUUAUGGGGGUUGGGGGAGGAACCCAGCACUUCAUGCAUGCUAGGUAAAAAUCUUUGAGAAUACUAAAGACAGGCCUAGCUAAGUAAGCAGAGGCUCCUCUCCAAACCACCUCCACCCCUGGCAGUCUGCAGAGCUACUUCAUGCCUUGGCCCUGCGGGCCUUCCCCAACUCCAGAGCUAGGCAGGUACAGCCUCCUUUCCUAGGCUCUCUUCUCAGCAAUUACAUUCAGGGAGCUUUUCCAUUGCCUGGAAAUUGCGAUCUCACCGGGGAGAGAGGACACAGUGUUGGAUGUCUAAAUAUAUAGUAUUUGUUUGGGAUUGCUCUUUCUGAAUAAUAGAGUUUGGGUAUUCAUCUAUUUAUUCAUUUAUUUUUUUUGGUGCUGGAGGUGGAACCCCAGGACUUACGCAUGCAAGGCAAGAUCGCUCUAUCAAUUGAGACACAUCAUCCCGGUCCCCUUCUGGUUCUUUUUUAUUUUCACUUUUUAAUCACUUCCAUCGAGUUCUCAGGGCGUUAAGGGGAGGAGAUGCAGGGUCGCUCGCUGUUGGCGCACAGAGCCGAGAGUUGGCCCGACCGCGUAUCCUCCUAUAGGCGCUGUGCAGACUAGGGGCAGAAAUGAACAAGGUGCUGGGAGGCACAAGGGUGUGGUCUACACUGAGACCAAGGCCACCUGGCAGUUCAGGUUACGGAGCUAGCGACUUCAGGAAACUUAUGUCCUGCCAGUCCCGCCGCGCUCUCAGCUCUACUCCGGCGUCUCGGUUCUCCCUCCUUUCCUUCCUGCGGAUCCAGCCAGCCAGGCUUUCUCCUCCUCUGUUCUCGCCUCCUCUCCCCCUUGAAUCCAGUCCUGGUUUCCCCGCUGCCAGCUCCUUCUUCUGCCUGCUGGGCUCGCUCCCCGCCUCCGCCCCCGCCUCUCCAGUCCCGGCGGUCCGCUCGGCUCCCCUGCUCCCCUCUCGCAGCACCCCCCAACCCCCCCAGCCACCCGCGGCUCCACUCGCCCAGUCCGGCCGCUCCAGUCCGGAUCUCGCUGCCGCCCGACCCGGGUGCGAGUUCCAGCAGCUGGAGAGGAGGCGGCAAGCGGCUGGCCCCGGUUCCCCACUGCCGCCUCGUCAGCCCGAGGUUGGCGGGGAGAGAGAGCGGCCCAGCAGCCCCGGGAGCCCCUCCGAGGACAAUGCACCCGGCGCUGGGCCACCCUCGCGCGCUCUCGUCCGCGCCCGCCUCCUUCCCGCCGCCCCCCGCCGCCGCCCGGCUGCAGCCCCUCUUCCUCCGGGGGGGCUCCUCCCGCGGCCGGAGAGGCUCGGGCGACAGCAGCACCAGCACCAGCACCAGCCGCGGGGCGGGCGGCGGCAGACGCGGCGGGGGCGGCGGCUCCCCGAGCAGCAGCACAGGCGCGGAGCGAGAGGACGACGACGAGAGCAUUAGCAUCAGCAAGCCCCUGGUGCCCGCCGCCGCCGCCGCCGCCGCGCUCCCGGGGCCCCCGGCUCAGGGGGGCGCCCCCGCCUCCGCCGCCGCGCCCGCCACCGCCUCCUCCACUUCCACGCCCACCUCCUCCUGCAGCAUGACCGCCGCGGACUUCGGCGCGGGCGCCGCCGCCGGGGCCGUCGGGGGCCCCGGGAGCCGCUCGGCGGCGGGCUCAGGCGGCCCCGGGACGGGCGGCGGCGCCUCCUGCUGCUCUUGCUGCUGUUGCUGCUGCGGCCGCCCUGGCCGGCCCGGCCGCAGGGGUCGGCGGCACGGCUGCUCGCCAAGUCCCGGCUGCCACUGGGGCUACCAGGCGCUGUCUGUGGUGCUGCUGCUGGCUCAGGGUGGUCUGCUGGACCUAUACCUCAUCGCCGUCACCGACCUGUACUGGUGCUCUUGGAUCGCCACUGACCUGGUGGUGGUGGUGGGCUGGGCCAUCUUCUUCGCCAAGAACAGCCGGGGCCGUCGGGGCGGUCCAGUGAGCAGCACGCACAACCACCAUCAGCUCCACCACCACUCGGCGCCGCCUCUGCACCUACCGGCUGCGGCGUCCGCGGGGGCCGGGGCGAAGGCUCGCGGGGGCCGAGGAGGCUCGGGCGGCUCGGGGGCCGGGCCGGGGACGGCCGGGGCGGCAGGCGAGUUCGCCUUUGCGUACCUGGCCUGGCUCAUCUACUCCAUCGCCUUCACUCCCAAGGUUGUGCUCAUCCUGGGCACGUCUAUCCUGGACCUCAUCGAGCUGCGAGCGCCCUUUGGCACCACGGGCUUCCGCCUCACCAUGGCGCUGUCCGUGCCGCUGCUCUACAGCCUGGUGCGUGCCAUCAGCGAGGCGGGCGCGCCCCCGGGCUCGGCGGGUCCCCUGCUCCUGCAGCCACAGCAGCAUCGCGCCGCGGGCUGCUUCCUGGGCACGUGUCUGGACCUGCUGGAUAGCUUCACGCUGGUGGAGCUGAUGCUGGACGGCCGCGUGCCGCUUCCCGCGCACCUGCGCUACCUGCUCAUCGCCGUCUACUUCCUCACGCUUGCCUCUCCAGUGCUCUGGCUGUACGAGCUGAACACCACCGCAGCAGUUCCGUCCUGGGGCCAGGCCUCCGGGCCUGGAAGCUGCAGCCGCCUUUUGCGCUUGCUGGGAGGCUGCCUGGUGGACGUGCCCUUGCUGGCGCUGCGCAGCCUCCUGGUCGUGAGUUACCAACAGCCGCUGUCCAUCUUCAUGCUCAAGAACCUCUUUUUCCUUGGCUGCCGUGGCCUGGAGGCCUUGGAGGGCUGCUGGGACCGAGGGAAUUGGGUUUCCCCAAGUCGGGCCAGAAGCAGCUAUGGUGCUCCUCCCUCGGCCCCACCACCACCUCCACCACCGCCACCUCAGGGAGGCUCCCAGCGGGGCCACUUGGAAAAUGAAGGGGGCCCUCACGGCUAUGUCAACACUCUAGCUGUGGCCUCUCAGAAUUGAAAAAGGUGAAGGGCAGGGCUCUUUGGCCUGAGAGUUUCUGGGCCCUUUGGCUGUGUUUAGAAGAGGUAACUGUUGAUAAGGCUAAAGGCCAGUGAAUUCUUCUGCACCCCAUGGGUAGAGACUUCUUGGAGGGAGACCAGCAAUAUGUUGUGUGGGGAGAGGGUCCAUGUUCACCAUGGUCCUUCUCCAUAGUCUUGCCUGUCCUGAGAUACAAGGGACUGGAUAAAUGUGCCAUCUGCUUUUCCUGCCUUCAUCCUGUGGGGGAGUGAAGGAAAGAGGGGAUUCAGGCAGGGGUGGUGGGCUUUGAUAGCUGGAGUGUGUGUGUGUGUGUGUGUGUGUGUGUGUUUUUCUGGGUGUCUGUCCCAUGCCCCUUGCCGUGGAAGGAGAUCUAGGGAGGCCUUGCUGCCACCCACACAGGCCACCACCAUCCUUUCCUGCCUGAAUUUAUGACCGGGAUCCCCAGGAGUUGCUCAGUUGCUAUACUCCAAGGGAAAAGCUCACCCAGGGUCAUCCUCACUCCUGCUCCUCUGUUCUCAGCUUGGGGGAGAGAAGGUCUCUGCUGUAAGGACCAAACAACACCCUUUCUUGGGUGAGUGUGUAUUUCUACCUCUGUGCUUUCAACUUUCAUUGCAUCACACACUGAUGCUGCUCGCAAAAACAAAAAACAAACAAACAAACACAAAAAACACUCAGAAGUUGCAUUCAGCAUGGCCACUGGAUCCCUUUGGGGUUUGGUACCAGAUUUUACAGGGUCUGUGGAGUAUCAGCCAUUGGCUUGCUCUCUUUCGGUUCCUCCUUAUGCUCCAGAAUACUUACCCUUCCUGUGUUGGUACUGGCUGGGUUGGAACUGGGUUCAGAGCACCUGCUUUAGUGGGUUUGAAUGUGUGUGAGGUCAGGCCUCUUAGGGACUCUCGGGGUGCCACCUGCUCCUCUAGAAAGCUCGGCAUAGAGCAGAGCGUGGCAACCUUUCUUCUCUCGUCUGCGUCAGGUCUCCUCAGGGAGAGGGCAUGCUGUGGGAGCCUCCUGCCCAGCCUUCCCCCACAGGGUCCUCCUGGCAAGGCUGUCCUUAGGAUUGUCCCUCAAGGGAAGUCAGGGUUAGCUACUUUACUUUUGACUAGGGAUGUCACUCUUGGAGUCUCUAAGCAGGAUAAGUAUGCUGAGGGGAGUCAAAGGUCAGAAGGCAUGCGGAGCAAGGCCAGGAUAUACUCAUCCCUACAAUGGGAUUGUGGGGGGGACCUUAAGAAUUUUGGUUCCCUUUUCUUCUUCUGUUUUGGGAGUUUUAUGUGGUGUAAUGAACCUAGACAAGGGGCCAGAAAACAUGAUCUGCCUGUUAUUUUCUGGAUUUGAAUGCCAUGUCAUUUUUACUUUCUAGGCCUCAGUCACCUUUCUAGGGUAGUAUUCUUUGAGCUUGGAGCUUGAAAGCUCCGGGCUAAUGCUGCCAUUAGAGGCAGACAUAAGAGGAGCUAUCCAGGGUGUACUUGAGGACAGCCCUGCUUCUGCCCUGUGUCUGGCCUUGGGAGAGCUGAAGGGAGGUUUGCCAGCUAGGCUGGGGGUCAGGCAUUGCAGGGCCCAUUGAUGCUGACCUCCUCUAAGGCCCACAGCACAGGGGCGCUGACCUCCUCUAAGGCCCACAGCACAGGGGCAGGCCCAAAGUGCCAAAUCACUGACUACCAACUCAGCAGCCAGACCCAACUCCCUCAUCCCCUUUGGCUCUACUAGGACCUCUGAGAACUGAGGGCCAAACAGGGCCCCUCUUUCUCAACUGCCUGGGGCUGUGGGCUGAGGAUAUCUAAGGGAUGGAAACAUGAGCAGCUGAGCUUGGCUCGAGCACUUGUGGGCUUGCCCAGCUCUCAGAGUGGGCCAUGUGGAGGAUGUUUACAGUCAGUGCAUUCUUUGCUCCUGGUCCCUUGCCCUCAGCCAGUGCUGGCUGGCUGCUUCUCACAAUACACCUGCCUUUACUGCUUGCCCUGGAUGACUCCUCUUCUGACUGGACUCCCAGCCUGAGCCUAAGCCCUGGAUAGGGCUGGAGCUGUUCUGUAUUGGUUCUCCAGGUUCGCUGUGUUUCUCGCUACCUAAUUUCAAUGACUGUGAAAAGAAAUUAUGUCUGAGCCAUGGCCGGCUCUGGCUGGCCCCAAUCCACCCUCUUUCUACUGUUUGGAUAGCCAUCCCUCUACUAUGUGACUGCUGUCUGCUGCUGAGAGACUGCCACUGGAUUUAGGAUGGAAGGCUGCCAUUUCCCAAGUACAUCCAGAGACGUGAUCACAUGGCCACUCGUGACAGAGGCCAGGACUGCUGAGGGCCUAGUUGUGGGCCCAGCACAUCUCCAGCAUCCUCUUCAACAUGUCUUCUGUGAGUACUUUGUGCUCAGGGGGCUGGUCCCUUCCUUCUGAUGUAUUUAUUUUGGGUCUUUUCACUAAUUCCCCUGUCCCAUUUGCACAUGACCCUUAAGCCCCCCCCCCCCCCUGCUCUCUAGGGUAUCUGUAGAUAGGGAUCAGACUUGAGAUGUCCCCCAGGUGUCAUGACCAGAAUAGUACACUGUCCUGAGGCUUGUGCCAGAAGAAUGGAUCAUGGAAAAGAAGCCUGGGCUCAGAAUUUAGUCCUGCCUGCUCCUUUGAACAUGGAAGGGAAGGGCCUAUUACCCGAGUUCCAAAUGGUACCUGUUUUUAAAAAUGAGUUAAUUACUUUGCAGGGCUGAGGAUUAGACCCAGGGCCUCAAGUAUGCUUGACAAACGCUAGUCAGCCUUCUAGCUCCAUCUCCAACACGAAGUCUUAUUCAAUCUAAAGACUGUUCGCUCUAAAGACUUGCACCCCACCUUUGAAAAUUUUCUUUGAGAAGGGGGGGUCUCACUAUGUUCCCAGGGCUGUACUAGAAUCUUGGGGCUCAGGUAGCCCUCUCACUUUGGCCUCCCAGGGAAACAGGUAUGCACAGCUCUGUCUAAGCAAGACUAUUCUGUUAAACAUGCUGGGAACUGGGCCCUGGUGUGUGGGACACAGAGCUGGGAAUUCGAGCCCAGAAGGAACUGAGAAGCGGCACCUUGCUAGCAUUUAUCACAUUUUUUCCCCUCUUUUUAAAAAUAAAACCAGACUCUGUUCUGAAAAUAAAAACUUGAGACUUGUGACAAGC